AUGAUACGACCAACCUUGCGUCCCUUCCACCGUCCUAUACACAUAUUUCCAACUUUCCCGAAGCCGAGCUUUGCACCUAUUCGGUUUGCUGGCCACUCCAAGUGGGCGAACAUCAGACAUGAUAAAGCCAAGAAUGAUGCUAAAAAAUCCAAAGAAGCAACAUUAAUUGCAACCAAAAUUGAAAGCUGUGUACGAAUAGGAGGCAAAGAAGCCAAUGCGAGCUUGGAUCAAUUGUUGGAAAAGGCUAAAAAACUCAAUGUGUCAAAACAAGUUGUUUCAAAUGCAAUCAAAAGGGGAGCAGGUGAGUUAAAUGAUGGCUCAGCAAAUCAGGCUGAAGUAACUUAUGAAUUUAUGGGACCCGGUGGUGUUGCAGUUAUUGUGUCUGCAAUUACUGAUAAUAAAGCACGUACAGUUAUGAGAGUCAAGUCGGCAAUGGCAUAUUUCCAAGCGUCAUUAAGUCCUUGUAAUUUCAUGUUUGAAAAAAAGGGGGAGAUACUCAUUGAACCCAAAACCGAAGCCAAUGAGACUUUUGAUGAUGUGUUUGAAGUUGCUUUAGAUUUGGGCGCCGAGGAUUUCGAAGAGGUUGAGUUUCCUGAUGAAUUCAUUCCAGAUAAAAAGUACAAGUUUUAUCGUAUCGUUUGUGAUCCGUUGGAGAUUCAUCGAAUUGGUAAUGAGCUUAGUGCAAAGGGUUACAAGCUACAUGAAAGUGCAGUGAGGUAUCUUGCAAAUAAGGAUGGAGAAGUGCUGUUCCCGGAAGAGUACUCAAAGGGAUUUUAUAGAGCCAUUGACAACUUAGAUCAAACUCCAGAAGUGUUGGACUAUUACACCAACAUUGAAAACGAACAUGAGAGCAGGAUAAUGUCGUCAAUAAAUUGA